AUGAUUAUUAAAACCUCCGAAAGUAGUUUAGUUUAUACAAAGUCAUAUUCUUCGAAUCUAAUAAUGAAUUAUUCUACUACUAGAAUUGCAUAUUAUCAUGGUAUUGGAAAGAAUCAUCAUCUAUAUACGUUAGAGAAUCUAUCUCAUGAAAUAGGAUCAUUAUACCCAUAUUGUAAUAUGUAUCUUUCGAUGAGUAGUGAAAAAAUAUCCAAUAUACAAAAGAGCAUCCUUUCAGGUACUUAUCGUUUAUCACCAUUUAGUAUAAGGUUAACACCUCGUAAUCAAAGUAUUGAUUAUAAUCCUUAUGAAUUUGUUAUGCAUUGUGAUGAGUUUCCAACUGAACGUGUUAUUCUUACUACAUCAGAAGAAGACUUAGUCGUUUUAACAGCUCUUGGUAAAGUAUUAAACUUAAUCUUUCAUUCUUUGGGUUACAAUUCUAUAAUUAUUACUACACGUUCAUUUUACGAGGAUGAACUUCCUUUAAUCAAAAAUGUUGAUUGUUUGUACCGAAUUGAUAUGAGCAAUACAAUGUUCACAUUUAAUAAAGAAGAAUUAAUAUCGGAUUUAGAAUCUAUUUUAGGUAAGACACCUAUCUUUGAUUUAGUUCUUUCCUUCCUUCAUGCUGACUAUAAUGAAUAUAAUGGAUACUCCUUUACUAAGUUAGCUAUACCACCAGUCUGUUUUCUUAGUAAUGUAUUACAUAAUUUUAUUAACAAUAAGCUAGAUACAGCAAUGAUGAAAUCAUUCGACGAUAAGCUUUAUUAUGAGAGGCAUAUGCAUGAAGUAUAUAUAUAUAAUUGCUUAUAUUGUUAUAAUGACUUUAUAAGUAUAAUAAAAUCAUUAUUUGUUGAUCUCGGUCUUACAGGUGAUAUCUAUUAUAUAGAGCGUGGUACCAACGCACCUUGUAUAAUGGGCAUUGUUGGAUUAGAUAAUGCUGGUGAUAUAUAUAUAAAAUAUGAAUAG